AUGGAUAAAAACCGUUUAACAACCGCUAAUAACACAAAUCAUACUGUUUAUAAUACGAAUAAACUUUAUCAUAGUUCAUCACCAACAAUUGUCUCCAUACCAAAUGAUGAUAUACAAAUCCACGAAACGGAUCGUUUUCUAAAUGAACAUGCAUCAUCCAACAUACUUUCGGAUUUACCACGUUCGCGGAAUCUGGACGAAACAGAUGAAAAUGAAUUACCAUUUCCUGGAUUUGUUGAUCAAGUUUUUUAUUGUUUGAAACAAACAACUACACCACGAUAUCAAUGUUUACGUUUAAUAACUUGGCCAUGGUUCGAACGUAUUAGUAUGUUGGUUAUAUUAUUGAAUUGUAUUACACUUGGCAUGUAUCAACCAUGUGUCCAUCUUGCGGGUUCACAAGUAUCGAAAAAAUGCGAUGCAGCACGUUGUAUUUGGUUGCAAGCGACGGAUUAUUUCAUUUUUGGAUUUUUUACCAUCGAAAUGUGUAUUAANACACCACGAUAUCAAUGUUUACGUUUAAUAACUUGGCCAUGGUUCGAACGUAUUAGUAUGUUGGUUAUAUUAUUGAAUUGUAUUACACUUGGCAUGUAUCAACCAUGUGUCCAUCUUGCGGGUUCACAAGUAUCGAAAAAAUGCGAUGCAGCACGUUGUAUUUGGUUGCAAGCGACGGAUUAUUUCAUUUUCGGAUUUUUUACCAUCGAAAUGUGUAUUAAAAUGACCGCUAUGGGCAUCUUUGGAAAAGGAACAUAUUUAGCUGAAACAUGGAAUAGACUCGAUUGUUUUAUUGUUGUUGCGGGAUUAGUUGAAUCAUUAAUACCAGGUGAUAAUUUGAGUCUAUCAGCUAUUCGUACAGUUCGUGUUCUACGUCCACUACGUGCCAUUAAUCGUGUUCCAUCUAUGCGUAUACUCGUCAUGCUAUUACUCGAUACAUUGCCAAUGCUGGGAAAUGUGUUACUUCUCUGUUUUUUUGUCUUCUUCAUAUUUGGUAUUGUUGGUGUACAAUUAUGGAAAGGUUUAUUACGUAAUCGAUGUUUUUUACAAUUGAAUAUGACGACUAUACCCAAUCAUCCACUGUUCGAUGAUUUUCCCGAACGACCUUUUUAUAUGCCACCUGAUCAAGAUUCUUUUGUUUGUUCACAUCCUCAAUCGAGUGGAAUGACAAAAUGUUUGGAAAUACCGAAAUUACGAAAAGGAAACAUGACAUGUGAAUUAGAUUUUUAUGCAGUACGUGAACAAAUAGUCAAUGAUUAUAAUAAACCGAUUAAUGGAUGUAUUAAUUGGAAUCAAUACUACAAGUUUUGUAAUGUUUCCGAUAAAAAUCCUUAUUCGGGUUCAAUUAGUUUUGAUAAUAUUGGUUUAGCGUGGGUUGUUAUCUUUCAAAUAAUUAGUCUGGAAAGUUGGAUAAUUAGUCUGGAAAGUUGGGUUAAUAUUAUGUAUUAUAUACAAGAUGCUCAUUCAUUUUGGGAUUGGAUUUAUUUUGUCUUUCUAAUUAUUAUUGGAUCAUUUUUUAUGAUUAAUUUAUGUCUUGUUGUUAUUGCUACACAGUUUAGUGAGACAAAAAAACGUGAAACUGAACGUAUGCUUGCCGAACGUCGCCGAUUUUCCCGCUCAUCGAGUACAUUGUUGAGUGACGAACCCGGCUCAUGUUGGGAAGAAACAAUCAAAUAUCUAGAACAUCUCUGGAAGCGCGGCCAUCGACGUCUAGUUGCACUCUGGCUAGCUUAUCAACAAAAACAUGGCAAAGCUAAGAGAAAGCACCUAUUAGAAGAAGAAAAGCGUCGUCAAAGAAAAUUAUUAGCAAACAGUUCAUCUCAGUUACCAAAUCAUCAUUUCACGCAUCAAGCUAAUUGUCCAUUGUAUCAAAUUACAGAGAUACGAAAUGUCCCGACAUGUCCAUCAACAACCUCAUCCAUAUCUCCGUAUUCAAUCGAAGCACCUGCUGCCAGUCCAGAAAUUUCCGAAAUUGUCGAUUCUGGUCACUCGCCAACUCCCCCCAAUGAAAUACAAACGAACCCAUCGAAGCCACUCGUCCUCAAUUCUGUCACGCCAACAUUAGCACCAUUGAAAUCAAGACAUAAUCCAAAGAAAAUGACUGAUGUCACAGAAAUUAUCUGUGCAGAUGUGAAUAUAAUUCCCUCAGCAAAUAACAUCGUUGAACAUCUAUUACUUGAAACAUCCGAUAAGAAGGCAAAUAUUCAAUUUUGUGAAUGUCAACGUCAAGGUGAAAUCAGUGACGAUGACGAAGAUGAUGAUGUUGAACAAGAAGAACAUAAACACAAAAAAACACCAUCGAGAGUUCGUCUUUGUCUUAAUCGAUAUAUCUUCUCCUAUUUUACAAGAUUUCGCCAUCUGAUCUCCGCUUUCGUCGCCAGUAAAUAUUUUCGUCGAAUCGUCCUCUCGGCGAUUGUUAUUAAUACAUUAUCCAUGGGUAUUGAAUAUCAUGGCCAACCCGCGUCGUUGACCAAUGCAUUGGAAUAUAGUAAUCUGGUUUUCACAUCACUCUUUGCAAUUGAGAUGAUCUGCAAAAUAAUUGCUGAUGGAUUUUUGAAAUAUAUCAAAAGUGCUUACAAUCUAUUCGAUGGCAUCAUCGUUGUAAUGAGUGUGGUUGAAUUACAAGGAAAUAAAAAUAGUGGUCUCUCAGUUCUACGUACAUUUCGUUUGUUACGUGUUUUAAAAUUAGUGAGAUUUAUGCCAACAUUACGACGACAAUUGGUUGUUAUGCUCAAAACGAUGGAUAACGUUGCGACAUUCUUCUCGUUAUUAAUCCUUUUCAUAUUCAUAUUCAGUAUUCUUGGCAUGCAUUUAUUUGGCGGUGAAUUUUGUACAUUACAAGCAUUCAAUUCCACAUCACGUGAACAAAUUGACAUGAAAUGUCGUUGUUGCACGUGUCCCGAAAUGGAUCUUCUCAGAAAUCAUACCGACCUCCAAGAUAUCAAAUGUAUACAAGAGAGAAAAAAUUUCGAUUCACUACGUUUUGCAGUAUUAACCGUCUUCCAGGUGUUAACACAGGAAGAUUGGAAUGAAGUACUUUACAAUGGAAUGGAGAAAACAAGCGCUUGGGCAGCGUUGUAUUUCAUUGCAUUGAUGACAUUUGGAAAUUAUGUUUUGUUCAACUUGUUAGUUGCUAUUCUUGUCGAAGGAUUUUCGACAGAGAAAGGAAGUAGUGGCUCAGAAAGUGGAAGUAGUACUGAUCGCUUAGCCAAAGCUGAUCCAUUCAAAACUCAAGCUCUUUUAACGGGAGACGUUGAAGUGCCAGCUAAUCCACAUGAAUUAGUUACAGAUGAUGUCGCAAGUGCGAAAAAUAGUAAUAAUGAAAACAGAAGUACUCGUACAACAAAAGAAGUAAAAAUCAUGAUUCCAAAAAUCUCCAUUAGUAACAAUGAUGAUGAUCCAACUUUAUUAAUGCUUGAAGCAAACAGACGACGAGCAACUACUGUCUCAACUCCACCAUCGCCAUAUAAAUCUAUAAUCAAACAUCGUCCCUCUCAACCUCAAACACCUUCAUCUACUUCAACAACGACGCAAAGUUACUAUACAUGUCCAACGAGAGUCGAAUCUUAUGUUUCGAAUGACCUUGCACGAAAGUCAUCAACUAUUAAACAUACAAAUCAAGGACUGAAAAAGAAACAAAGUGUUGAUGAGAAUGACACUGAAAAUGAUAUUUCCGAAAUGUCACAAAUAGAAGAUAUUACAAGUAUAACUGCAUCCAUCGGCGAACGCAGACCUUUUAAACGACGUGAUACAAUAUCAACUACUUCAAUGUCAAGUCGACAUCAAAAUAUUCUCAGAAGGCAAUACAGUUUAGGUGGACGGCGUUCAUCAAAUAUUGUUAAUAUCUCCUUGACUACAGGACUUACGAAAUCGACACAAAAACAGUUCAUCCCACAUGUUUCAACGCCGCCUCCUCCAUUACCGUGCGUUGAGAGAAACGUUCGCAAUUCAUUAUCUCAGACAAAUUCAAGUCAGCAAGAAAAAAAAUGCGUGCCAAUACGUCGAACUGCUUCUCAACGCCCAUCAACUACAUCCUCAUCGUCAUCGACGACGACGAUCUAUCGAAGUUUCAUUGAACGAGAUGGAAAAUUAAUUGAACAAGAAAUCAAUUCAUUGGAUCCGACGAGAGAACGGCGAUCGACGUUCGAUAAUUCUUCGCGUCGUACAACAAAAAACGAAACAUCGAGUAUCUAUGAAACACCAAAACACGAAUGUGAACAAUUCUAUCCGAAAAGUCGAACUAAUUCGAUUCGAUUGAUCGCAGAUGCGAAUUUCAAUACACUAUCGGUUAUAAACGAUCAAAGCGAUAUGCAACUAGGCGUCAAAACACCAAAUUUCGAACAAAAUGGCCUUUGUCAAACAUGUUUUUCUCAUCUAUGUGGAACACGUAUGUAUGAUUGGUUUCAACGACGAGAAGAUUACUCACUCUAUCUUUUCUCACCGACAAACCGAUUACGGCAAGCAUUGAAAUGUCUGAUAAUAAAGAAAUCAUUUGACUAUACUGUCCUGUUUUUCAUUGCUCUGAAUUGUAUAACAUUAGCCAUGGAGCGUCCAUCGAUUCCAUCCAACAGUGCUGAACGCCAAUUUCUGAAUAUGACCAAUUAUAUCUUCACUGUCAUAUUUAGCGUUGAGAUGAUUAUAAAAAUCAUUGCUAGUGGACUUAUAUGUGGACCGCAAACCUAUUUACAUACAGGAUGGAAUGUUAUGGAUGGAUCGCUUGUUGUUAUAUCUAUAGUCGAUCUUUUGACAAUGCAUCGAGGAGCUGGACCGUCGGCAGGUGCAGAGUCUGAUGCGACAACGCGUAUAUUUAGUAUGUUACGAGUGUUUCGUCUACUAAGAACAUUAAGGCCACUGAGAGUAAUCAGUCGAGCACCAGGCUUGAAACUGGUCGUACAAACCUUAAUGUCAUCACUGAGACCUAUUGGUCAUAUUGUGGUUAUUUGUUGUACAUUUUUUAUCAUUUUCGGCAUUCUUGGUGUACAGCUCUUCAAGGGAAAAUUCUAUUAUUGUGAGGGCCCAUACGCUCGCAAUGUGACAACACGACAACAAUGUGAAGAUACGCCAGAUCAUCGUUGGAAGAAUCAACAAUACAAUUUUGAUAAUUUAGGCCAAGCAUUACUCGCCUUAUUCGUCUUAGCAUCUCGUGAUGGUUGGGUACAGAUAAUGUACAAUGGCAUCGAUGCUGUUGAUGUUGAUAUGCAACCAAUAAGAAAUUAUAAUGAAGCUAAAUUAAUAUAUUUUAUAUCAUUUUUAUUACUUGUGGGCUUUUUUGUGUUGAAUAUGUUUGUUGGUGUUGUGGUAGAAAACUUUCAUAAGUGUCGUGCCGAACAAGAGCGAGAAGAGAAAGCACGUCGAACAGCGAAACGCGCAAAGAAAAUCGAACGUAAACGACGACGAAUGCGCGAAGUGCCGUACUAUGCACAUUUUUCUCCAUGGAGAAGACGAUUACAUGAUAUAUGUAAUAGUAAAUAUUUCGAUUUGAUCAUUGCGGCUGUCAUCGGUCUCAACGUUGUUACCAUGUCAUUAGAAUUUUACUUAAUGCCACCGGUUUUUGACUUGGCACUUGAUUAUUGUAAUUAUGUGUUUACAAGUGUGUUCAUAUUGGAAUCAAUAUCCAAAGUAAUCGCACUAGGACCAUUACGUUAUUUUAAAGACAAAUGGAAUCAGUUAGAUAUAAUGAUUGUUAUUCUAUCAAUUGCUGGUAUUGUCAUGGAAAAAAUGAAAAGUGGACAAGUACUUCCAAUCAAUCCAACAUUGAUUCGUGUGAUGAGAGUUCUCCGAAUUGCUCGAGUUCUAAAAUUGCUCAAAAUGGCAAAGGGAAUUCGAGCAUUAUUAGACACAGUUAUUCAAGCUCUUCCACAAGUGGGAAAUCUAGGUCUUCUAUUCUUUCUUCUGUUCUUCAUAUUUGCUGCUCUUGGAGUUGAAUUAUUUGGAAAACUAGAAUGUAGUGAAGAACGUCCAUGUGCUGGUCUAGAUAAACAUGCGCAUUUCAAAGAUUUUGGUAUGGCUUUUUUAACAUUAUUUCGAAUUGCAACUGGUGAUAACUGGAAUGGAAUUAUGAAGGAUGCUUUACGUCAAGAUGAUUCACCUCAUGGCGUUAAAAAUCAAUUUGUAACUGCUGUAGCUCCAGUUUAUUUUGUCAUUUUCGUUCUCAUGGCUCAAUUUGUGCUUGUCAAUGUUGUCGUGGCUGUUCUCAUGAAGAAACUCGAUGAAUCCAAUCGUAUGAUGGCCGAUGAUGCAGAAAUCGAUGAAGAAAUUGAAAGACAAUUAGAAGCCGAUGCACAAGAUCGAAAUUAUCUUAAUCAAUCACUUCUAGAUGAUAAAGAACUCGAUUUCCUAAAUGACACGAAUACUCAAAUUUUUCCAUUAACGAAACAAUUGUCUCUUCCGCCAAAUUUUACCUUCCAUUCGAUGGCAUCACCCACAGUGCGUCGACAAAAAUCUAAACCAAUUGAGGUCGUUAAGGGUUCAUCUGUUGCCUCAGUCGUUGGUUCAACAUCACGUUUUCUACUGUUACAAAUUGAUAAAUCACCAUCAUCAGAUCGUGAAGAAGAAUCUAUUCCACUAAAUAACGAAAUCAAUACAGAAAGUAUGUCACAUCGUCGUUCAAAUACGGUCCCAUCACGUCCGCGGAAACCUCAAGAAAGAAAAGCAUCUACGGAACAAUCAACACAUCUGUCGCCAACUUAUAAACGCAGUACAACUAAUUCCCAGCAACAUCCACCAUUCUCACCGUCGGUAUUAAGAGCUCAACCAAAACGUCUUAUACGUGUUAUUGAUGAUACUGACGAUGGCGAAACUCCGAGUAUUAGUACGGUCAAUCCAGAUGACCGCUAA